AUGCGCUCCUACCCCUCUACAGAUGGCUCGAUCCUGCUCUCGGAGGCAGUAGACUUCAACAUGAAGUACAACACGACCCUGCCUAUGUAUGUUUACGCUGAUGAAGCGUCUGACGACACUAUAACUAUCACCCAUCUGGAGUUUGCGAGGUCUUGUCAUCGCAUCGCCCAGACGGUUGAACCGUCUGGACCUCGACCAAAUGAUAACCACGUUGUUGCUAUCGUAGCGCUCUGUGACACUAUCAUGUAUCAGGCCCUGGUGCUUGGAAUUCACAAAGCAGGGAUGAUCCCAUACCCGAUCUCACCACGCAACUCACCUACUGCUAUUGCGAAAUUAUUGAAAGAAACGAACUGUCACCGCGUGAUUUCCACACUGUUCACCCUCCGACCGCUCCUCGAUGGGAUCAUUCAUCAGCUUGCCAACGAAGAGCCUGCUUUCUUGGUCGAUGUCGAAGAAGUACCGUCAUUGAAGAGUAUUUUCCCACAUCUGGGCACCGAAAGCGAAAAGGACCCCUUUGCGCCCUACCCUGGAUACUCCGUCAGGCCAGGAUUAUCUGACAUUGCAUUGUAUUUGCACUCUUCUGGGAGUACUGGGUUGCCGAAGACCAUACCACUGACUCAGCGCAAUAUCCUACACUGGGCAAAGCUUCCGCCUGUGACCGACAUUAUCACGCAGGAUGGUCCUUCACUCCUAGCGGCCAUGGCGCUUCCAUCGUUCCACACGCUAGCAAUAUAUGCCCAACUUUUAGCUCCCCUUUUCUCUGUACGACCUGUUGCGAUUUAUCCACCAGUGAGAGAGAAGGAGUCGGACUUGCCGUUCUCACCAACGCCCGACAAUAUUCUGGACCACACACGGCGUGCUAAGUGCGACGGGUUGGUUGUAAUCCCCACCCUUCUGUACAUAUGGUCGCAUUCGUCCAAAUCUAUGGAUUUCUUACAAUCACUCCGCAUCGUCACGUACUCAGGGGGUGCCCCACCACCCAAGUUGGGCAACGCCCUUUCUGCAGCAGGUGUUGUCACUCGUCCGAUCUAUGGUGCUACAGAGUUCGGGGCACCCACACACUGGGUCCCUUCCGACGGUGAGCGUAUGAAUGGCGAGUGGCAGUGGAUCCGAUUUUGUGACAACGUUGAGUUCAAAAUGGUCCCGCAAGGUGAUGGCACCUACGAACUUUGCGUACUCCGGGGCGAUACGGACCAUAUCAAUGUGUAUAAUAUGCCUGACAAUGCUGGCUAUGCUUCAUCUGAUCUCUUCCAGAAGCACCCAACAAAGAAAGGGUUGUGGAAGAUGGUCGGGAGGAAAGACGAUGUAAUCGUACACACGACUGGGGAAAAGACCGUACCCGGACCCUUGGAGGUAUCAUCUCAAGUCAUCCGGGGUAAGAACUUAAUUCAAGGGGUUAUCAUAUUUGGAGAGCAACAGAACCAUCCUGGCGUCCUUAUCGAGCUCAAAGACGGGACUCGAUACCCUCAGACUGACGAGGACAUCAAAUCCAUUCGCAAUGAGCUUUGGCCCAUCAUUGAAGAAGCUAACGCCAUUGCGCCAACGUUCAGCCACAUCUACAAAGACAUGAUAAUCUUUGUGCCGCCCAACAAACCCUUCCCUCGUGCAGGUAAAGGUACGAUUAUGAGAAAGGCGGCUCUGGUCGCUUACGCGCCUGAAAUCGAAAGUUUAUAUGAUACAAUCGAAGGUGUCAAAUCAAGUGCGGGCGGUGGUCCCGAGUUGUGGACUGAAGAUCAUCUACGCAAAUGGUUGGCAGAGCAAAUUACAGAUUUAGUGCCCAAUGCUACCAUCUCUCCUACCAUUGACUUUUCCGAACAAGGAUUCGACAGUCUUAUUGGAACCUUGCUACGGCACCGAAUCGUUGGAGCACUCCAGUCACGCCAGCAAGACGUUCCUCAGACACUUGUCUACGACCACCCAACCAUUGAGAAACUUGCCCGCGCUAUGGCCGCAUACGUUUUGGGCUCAGACCUUUCUUCGGUAGAUAGACUAUCACUUAUCAACUCGGUCAUCGAACGCCAUAUCUCGAGACUUGCGCCAAUGGGAAGUACCAAUGUAUCGCCCCCUAGCGAUGCCGGCACGAUCGUUCUAUUAACGGGAUCUACUGGUGGCCUUGGCUCUCAUAUUCUAUCAGGCUUACUGAAAAGCAGCGCCGUGGCUACGGUAUAUACAUUGAAUCGGCCCGGUAUCUCUGCCGUUUCUGAAAGACAAACUAGGUCUUUCAGAGAUCGUGGCCUAGAUGCCUCUCUACUGGAUUCUAAGAAGUUAGUAUCCCUGGAAGGGGAUCUAACGAAGUCUGAUCUCGGAUUACAUUCAUUGGUAUACGCCAAACUCAAAGAUACUGUCACUAUCAUCAUACACAAUGCUUGGAGGCUGGAUUUCAACCUCCCCUUGCCUGCGUUUUACCCUCUGAUUACUGGUUCGGUGAACUUGAUCAAUCUGGCGCGUCAAGGGCCACACGCCUCCUCUACACGGUUCCUGUUUUCUUCCUCUAUCUCGGCUGUUCAAUCUUGGAAAUCAGACAAACCCGUCCCGGAAGAGACGAUACUUGACGCCGGUGUUGCAAUUGGCCUAGGGUAUGGCGAGUCCAAGUACGUUCUUGAACGGAUCCUCGCUGCCAGUGACAUCCCCUCUUGCUCGAUUCGCAUUGGUCAAGUAUGCGGCGGGGAGCUAUCCGGAGCAUGGUCCAUGACUGACUGGGUUCCGAUCAUGGUCAAAACAAGUCUUAGCUUGAACGCUUUACCCAACGCCAAAGGGAUGGUAUCAUGGGUCUCUAUUGACACCGUCGCACAAGCCGCCUUGGAUAUCGCUUUUACGGAUGGCCCUCUGCCUUCCACGAUAAAUGUUGUUCAUCCAAGACCCGUUAAAUGGUCUUCGCUCUUCGCGUCCCUCAAGGACACCAUUCAGGAAACCACUCGUGGGGUCUUCUCCCCUCGUAUAGUUUCCUUCAAGGAGUGGUUCGAUACUUUGCAAUCCGCUGCCAAUCAGGAGAAUCCUCCAGACCUUCGACAACUUCCCGCACUGAAGGUCCUGACAUUCUUUCAACACAUAGCUGCAGUCGAUGAACAUCUGCAAGACACGCAAGAAAGUGGAGGCUUCCCCUCUCUUCAAACCAACCAAGCCCAUCUCAUCAGUCCAACACUGAGAAACGCCAAAGAAUUGGGCAAGAUGGACACAUCUCGAUGGGUUGGGUACUGGGUCAGCAAAGGUCUGCUAGGUUAA